AUGGGAAAAGAGGAAAAGGGCCACCUGAGUAUUGGCAGAGGUGGAGUAAUAAGCCAGUAUUCCGGCCGGGAGAGAAAUGUCUCCGAGAUUGAGGAGAAAGGAGAGCUCGUUGAUCGAAUCUGCGAGGCAUUGAGAUCAUGGAAGAGAAUUCGCCUUGGCAUCAAACUUGAAAGUUCCCAUAUUGCUAGUCAUGAUCGUUGGCUAAUGCUUGUUGCGGAUCACUCGGAGGAUGACGGAUAUCGAUAUUUUCUCGUUGGACUUGACAUCAAGGAAGAAGAGAUUACAAUUGGCUUGUACUUGCCUAUCACAGUGAAUACUCGAGUCUCUCUUGAUGGCGAUGGAGCCAUUGUUGUUACUGGAGAUGUGCAAAAGCCAACAACUCUUGCUGCCUUCAAGCCUAUUUCUAUCCAAGGUCUUUGGUCACUUUACACAGUUCUUUGCCGACUAACCACCCAGGCGCCUUGCAAUACCAACCCAAGACCAAACUCAGCACCAGAGGUCAAAAGUCCAUCAUCGAUUUUAACCUCGACGCGGGCGGAGAAGAAUUUAUGGGAGUAUGACUCCGAUUUGUGGUCGAAGCGGCCCGACCGCGUGCAGCACCAGGUUAUUGACGACUCAACAGGGACGGCUUCAAUUAUUUUAACGCCCCGUUUUACUGCCAGUUGUAAAGCAUAUGGAAGUGUCAGUUUGCAUGUGUCAAUCAAACUAGAGCCUGUUAAAGACUUGGAGAUAAAAAGAAACAUCAGGAUCACCCUAAAGUUUCUUAUGAGCAAAAUGGAUCUUGACAUCGCCACGCCGAAGGAAAUUCAAGAAUCCGUUGUUGAAAAAAUGCCCAACGUCGAUUUGGAAGCGUACAAAAAGUAUAUCGAUACUGAGAUGCUGACAGUUUUGGGCGAGAUGGAAAGCUCCGCUCAAAUUCUGGAUUUUCUCUAUCUUGGUUCAGAGUGGAACGCAGCAAAUUUAGACGAGCUAGAGGAAAACAAAAUUACGCACAUUCUCAAUGUCACCAAGGAAAUCGACAAUUUUCAUCCCGAACGAUUCCAAUACAAGAAUAUUCUCCUGUAUGAUCUUGAAAGCUCCAACCUCCUCGAUCACUGGGAGACGACUUUUCGCUUUAUAGAUUCCGCGCGAAUGAAAGACGGACGGGUUUUGGUGCACUGCAAGAUGGGAAUAUCCCGUUCUGCCUCGACCGUAUGCGCCUAUUUGAUGAAAAGUCUCAACUGGAGCCUCGAACAAGCCCUUUCCCACGUCAAAAAUCGACGUCCCAUCGCCAAUCCCAAUGAUAGCUUCAUCCAACAACUGCAGAUUUACGAGGGAAUGUUAGCCGCGCAGAUUUUUCGCGAUGAACUUGAUCAUGGAGGCGGAGUUGCGGCAGAAACUGUUUCAGACACAGACUUGAUCGACAUUGAAAAAUCUAGAGUAAAAAAACUUGUCAACAAUUUUCAUAAACGAGAAAGAGCCAUCCGAAGGUCGAAUUCCGCCAAUCAUAAAAAGAGACCAUUAAAAUUCGGUCGAAAUGGAACAACUCUCCAAGACGAUGACGACAUCCCAACACGACUUGUGAUGAGCCAUUCCGAGGGAGAAUCGAGCUCCAACGAAACAGAUUUCCGGAACGGCCCGAACCUCCGCGAGAUCUCACUCAGCUCGGUUUCCGAGUAUCCUACUUCUGUUGUCGAGACGUCUGAUGUCUUCGACAUUUCUCAUUCUCUCUGUUCUUUGAGUGAGUCUGAAUCUGAUGCAGAGCCGUCUACAAACGAUUCUGUCGUGCGUCUCCGUCGAGCAGGACUUGUCCGUCUUCGAACCCGUCAAAUCGAAGCUAGAAUACGCCGAAGAAACAAACGACGGCCGAAGAACUUGCCAACUCCUUCCCACCAACCUACCGCUCUUAAAAAGCCCGAAUCAAAAUUUUCCUUUUUGAAAAGUCAAAGUACUACUACUGCUGAACCACCUUGCCAUUACGUGUGCCAUCCCUUCAAAUUCCGCGCUGCCGGACCGAGAAGCCUUUCGCUCGAGCUAGAAAGUGAUCGCCACUUCUUUUCCGACCAUGCUUGCUGUCUAUCCGAAUCUGCCUGUCUUUACCAGAGUCAUAUUUAUCAAUCUGUAUGA